AUGCAGAUGGCGCGUUCCAGUAACGGAACCCCUGUGGCCGGCUCCAUCGAUCCCCGAGAUCUCACCUUUGCCGCCGCCGGAAACGCCAUCAUGCCCGCAGGCAUGACGCAAUCGAACGGCUUCGUGGAGCUCCUUCUCAGACACAUGAAGGAGGACCAGAACGCCUACCAGUAUGACCGCGAUUACUGCGCUUCGCAGCUGCGGGAAGAGGGGACCCUCACGGCCCAGGAAGUGAGGACGCUACGUCUCCGGAUGCUCGAUCUCGGCCACCAGAUCCGCCUGUGCCAGCACAAGAUCGAGAUUCUCACGAGCCUCGCAAAGUACGAGCAGCCACCGCCUAGCACCGCGACGGUCAUCAACAGCCUCAACGCCGUCACGCAUCCUUCGCCGGCCAAUAGCGGUCGCGUGCUCGGCGUAGCCGCGCCGGAAUCUCCCAGUCUGUCUCUGCUGCACCAGGCGAGCCAAGCCGUUAGCCAAACGCCUGCUAAGCGUUCUCUGAAAAGUGCCGAACAUUCCUCCGACGGCCAGUCCUCUGCCAAGCGGCCUAGGAAACAGGUCCCCGAUGCCCCCCCUCCCGACGAGAACCCCGGAAACACCGUCCAGCGCCUGGGGUACUGGAAGUGUCGCCUAUGCGCAUCACCAAAGUAUCUUACCGCCACUCCACCACGACAGCCUAGCGCACCCUGCAAGUGGCCACUCAAGGACGUAGCGAAGAUGAUUACUCACUUUACGGAGAUGCAUGUCGAGCACUCGCCGGCUGAGCGCUGCGAGGAGCUCGGCGAUGCUUUGAAUCUCAAUCGCGGUCCCUUUGAGUACUGGCUGAAUAGGUCGAGGUCUAUGGAUGUCGGCGACGGUAGCGUUAUUGACGAAUGCAUCUCGAUGCUUCGGGCCGGCCGCCUCCCUCCUCUUCUGAGACGGCUUAGUCGUGCCGCCUCGACCUUCCCAUCAGAUGCGUGA